AUGUGCAAAUUCGACUUUGUUGAAGGCGAACAGAUCAUCGCGGAUCUCGAUGAAGACGGCUUCUCCAAGGCGUUUGUUUUCCAAAAAGUUCAAAGUUGGUACCGUAUUGAGAGAGCCUCCAAAUCUCAUAUACGCAGGCCCGUGACCUUUUCCUGGAUAGGCAAGGAUGGGCCUUGUUUCCAUCUUCAAUGUUAUCGACGGAGCUGUUCCGAAGCCAUCGCAUCAAGGUGUCUAGAUGAACCGCUACGCGGUUUCACGCCUUCAGUCAGCCAUCAGAGACGCAGAGCCCGUUACCUCGUGGAUCUUCUAUCAAGUAAGCUGCUUUACCAUGAAAGCUGGCCACGAAAGCUACCCUGUGAGGUCUGGCGGAUGAUUGCCAGUUACCUUGUCCGGGAGACUGCAAUCACUACAGCUCUGUGGCGAGGCCGUAUGGAACCCCUAUCUCCAUAUUACCUUUAUAAUGGCUCAAUCAAUCCUACUUACGUCUCUUUCAUCAAUAUUGAUGGUCGGCACUACAUUCGGGAGAAGAAACCAUCUCUGGAAGACGCCAACACCCCACCAAGCUCUUCUAGGAAUGCUUCAGACAAGUCCGAGUUCAUAUGCCGACUGCCGCUACUUGAUAAGAGCAAAGCUUACUUUGCUGCGGUUGAUGCAUUUGGGGUUCUGCAGGUAUUCCCAGUCUCCCCCCGUCAGCGAGAAGCAUGGUGUCGCGACUAUCCUACCAUACCAGGUGCCUGGUGGUAUCUCAAGCAUGAAAUCCCAAGACCGACCGACUACCGUCCACCCGAGAUUUACUGGAAGAUCCCCAUCGCAAACCCUCCCGCGAUCAUCGAACUCGGCACAAUGCAGAAACCGCCUGUAAGAUGGAUCCUUCAUCUUCGAAUGCGCUUCUUCGAGUGCAACUCGCCCGAUAUCGUUGGCUACUCUGUGGCACUCGAUCAACAAGGGAAUCUUCUAACCAUCUUUUCUCAUAAACGGGAUCAGGGGAUGAGCCAACCGAGUCUGCCUCUAGUGCCGGGCUUGGAAGACAUCACAGACCCGGCCGAGUUGUCGCUGGUCUUCAUGCCCUUGCAUCAAGACGAACGCAUAACCGAAAUUUAUGGCAUGGUUCGGAAGAAAAGCUCCUUUAAGCUGGCUGGUAUAUCGUUCUCUACUGACAAAGGGCGAACCAUCACUUUUGGCCCAUCUCGACCUGAGGCUUUCAACAUCAAACGCCUUGUUAAAGUGCCCCCCAAGCCAUGCCGUGUCUUCAUCAACGAACUAGAGUACAAGGAACAGAUGUUCAGGCUCCAGUUUAUUGCUUUCGAAGGAGAUAAGAAUCAUCCCUUUCCUCCUCCCCAAGACGCUCUGCCGACUCCACCAGAAUCCCGGCUGCUUCCUUCUAUGAAGGGCAUCAACGGAUGGAAGUAUUGGUACACGUCAUGCUCCCUGAGAGAAGCAUCCAAGAUCUACCCUUGUGUCGAUGGGGUUGUCAGUAGCCGUUGGUAUCAAACCCUCACCGGUCUGCUUGUCGAGUUUGCCGACGGUCGUCGCGAGUCUGUGGGAUGGGUCCGUCUUGACUGGCUCACUGAACCGAUUGCACUUGAUACAAGGGAUAGUCUGUAUAUUCGCCGCGCAGGGAGCCAACUCUUCUUUGAGGGGACCACGUUUGAGACACAAAAGCCAGCAACACGACGAAACAAGGGGAGGCUAGAAGUUAGGCAAUCAGACACACUAGAAUGGUGCUUCAGUAUCAUGCCUCGACGCAACUUUUUAUCCAAUGGACGUGAGGACCUAGGUUGGCAUUGA